UGAAUACAGUGCAAGGCAUGUGCAAACCAGUUGAGGAACACCUUUCAGGAAAAGAGCCACAAGAUCUUGGGCAGGGGUUUAGGGGAUUGGUGGGGCGGGGUUAGAAAACAGGCCUACAGUACCAGAUGGUGCUGUGUGACUUAAGUUUUUGGUUGUACUCUGUAAUAUUAACUAUUAUUUGACCUACUUAAGUCCUGGAACUGAUGUAAUGUGGUUAAAACAAUAAAGGUGCUUUAUAGCUUUUCUCUUUCCCACUUUGAUUCUAAAAGUAAUAGAUACUUUCGGUUAUCUUCGUAUAAAGUUAACCAAAGACAAUUUGAAUUUUAUUCCAGUAUAUUUCUAUGCAUCUAAUUAAAAUUUUUUUAAACUAAUAAGUCGAAAUGCGUGUGGUAUUUAUUUGCUAACUUUGUUUCUUGUAGUUUUGCAACGUAGAAGGUAAUUUUUCCUUUCUGGCCAUGGCAUGGAGAAAAUAAAUAUGAGGUGAAAGGAGAGCAGCUCCCUUAAAGCAAAGCUAAGGAACGAGCUUGGAAAUACGUUGAAGACUACUGGCAUUGUAGUCAUCAAUGCGAUUUCAAUCCCCAGAUUGAGGCUAUAACGUAUGAAGGAGGAAGAAUGAAUCUAAAUCAUGUCACCCACCAAGCUUAACCUUCCUAGGGCUCCUGGCUUCCUCCUUGGGGCGGAGCCCAGCUCCCCGGAAGUCCCUGGUCGCCCCGCCCUCCCGCUUCCUGCUUGCGGUUGCUAGGCUACCCCGGCCCUCACAGAAUGCGGGGACUGCAGAGCGCUGCUGCGUUUCACCUCUGGUGCACAGCCUGGCCUCUGGACCUUGCCUGCCUGACUUUCUGCCUAGCCCAGACUCCUCUGCUGCCUGCGCCCACCACUGCUGCCCGGGACAGGCUGGGGCUUGGAGGUGGUCGCACCUUUCGUCUGCCGUCUUAGGAAAUCUCUGCUUCCCCUACUCCUUCGGACCUAUGGGAUCAAACAGCUCGGGACCCCUGAAUUCCCUUUACAGGGCCCACUCUCCCGACCCCUGACCUUUAUUUCCGUCUACCCACACUUCUUUCACUCUCCUGUAGCGUCCUGGUGGCGGGCGUCUCCCUUCUCCGGGAGAGGGACACAUUGGACCAACAAGGGGCCUGGCGCCUUGGGAAGAAGCGGGAAGACAGCCCUCCGUGACUCCUCAGCGUCUCCUGUGUAAUCAGCCGCUUAUUUGGAAAUUAGGCGGGAGUUGCAGCUGCACGCAGGUGUCACUGGUCUUCAACAUACCAUGCAGAAGUAACAUGUUCCCAGCAUUGGAAACAGAGCUAAAGCAGGAGGCUCUUCCUGAUCCUUAUGAAGACUUUAUGUACCAUCACCUUCAGUAUUAUGGCUAUUAUAAAGCUCAGAGAGGCAGUUUACCAAACUGUGCUACGCAUCAGCAUGUUUGGAAGGAUAACUCUCGAUACCUAUUGAAUGGCUCUUUUGGGGAAAGAGAUGAUUUGAUACCAGAUACCCUGCAAAAGGAGAAGCUUCUAUGGUCUACCUGUUUAUCUUCAGCUGUGCACAAACAGAUAGAAGCUGUAAGCAGAGAUUCACUUAUGCUGAAUCCACCACUUCUUAGGAAACAGCUUCUUUAUGAUGAGUUGGACAAAGUAAACCCAUGUCUUCGAGAACCUCAAGAGCUCUUUGCCUUUUUCUCUACUAGGGUACUGCAGGCUCCAAGAUGGCCAAUAGAAUGUGAGGUCAUCAGAAACAUUCAUCAUAUUGAAUGGGUUCCACCUCAACCAGAAUAUUUCUAUCAACCUACAGGAGAUGAAAAGGUACCAGAAAUUGUAGGAGAGGAAAAAGGCACAGUCGUCUAUCAAUUAGAUUCAGAAGGUUCCUAUUUCACCAGUUCCAGAGUGGGAGGCAAACGAGGAAGUAUCAAGGAACUUGCUGUCACGUUGCAAGGACCAGAAGAUAAUACUCUGUUGUUUGAAUCAAGGUUUGAGAGUGGGAAUCUGCAAAAAGCUGUCAGAGUAGACACCUAUGAAUAUGAACUCACCUUGCGGACUGACCUCUACACAAACAAACACACUCAGUGGUUUUAUUUUCGGGUUCAGAACACCAGAAAAGAUGCCACCUAUCGCUUCACCAUCAUCAACUUGCUAAAACCCAAGAGCCUUUAUACGGUAGGGAUGAAGCCACUCAUGUACUCCCAGUUGGAUGCCAACAUCCACAACAUUGGCUGGAGGAGAGAAGGAAGUGAAAUCAAAUACUAUAAGAACAACACAGAUGACGGGCAGCAGCCGUUCUACUGUCUCACAUGGACCAUUCAGUUUCCACAUGACCACGACACUUGUUUCUUCGCACACUUCUACCCAUAUACAUACACCAAUUUGCAAUGCUACCUCCUGUCAGUGGCAAACAACCCCAUGCAGUCUCGGUUCUGCAAGCUCCGAACUUUAUGCAGAAGCCUAGCAGGAAAUACAGUCUACCUGCUCACCAUCACCAAUCCAUCCCAGACCCCUCAAGAAGCAGCUGCAAAGAAAGCUGUGGUCCUGAGUGCCAGAGUCCACCCUGGGGAAAGUAAUGGCUCCUGGGUUAUGAAAGGCUUUUUGGACUUCAUCCUUAGCAACUCCCCAGAUGCCCAGCUCCUCAGAGAUAUCUUUGUCUUCAAGGUGAUUCCCAUGUUAAAUCCAGACGGUGUGAUUGUGGGAAAUUAUCGGUGUUCUUUGGCCGGAAGGGACUUGAACAGGCAUUAUAAAACCGUUCUGAAGGAGACUUUCCCUUGCAUUUGGUACACUAGGAACAUGAUCAAAAGACUUCUUGAAGAAAGAGAGGUUCUCUUGUAUUGUGAUUUCCAUGGCCACAGCCGUAAGAAUAAUAUCUUCUUAUAUGGCUGUAAUAACAACAAUCGCAAGUACUGGCUUCAUGAGCGAGUCUUCCCUUUAAUGUUAAGCAAAAAUGCACCAGAUAAGUUCUCUUUUCAUAGUUGUAAUUUUAAGGUCCAGAAGUGCAAAGAAGGAACAGGACGAGUUGUGAUGUGGCGGAUGGGGAUCCUCAACAGCUACACGGUGGAGUCUACCUUUGGCGGGUCCACCCUGGGUAGUAAAAGAGACACCCACUUUACAAUUGAAGAUCUGAAAUCUCUAGGUUAUCAUGUCUGUGACACUCUUCUUGAUUUCUGUGAUCCUGACCAAACCAAGUUCACUCAGUGUCUAGCAGAGCUUAAGGCACUCUUACAACAGGAAAUCCACAAGAAAUUCAAUGAACUUGGACAAGAUAUGGAUUUAGAAAGAAGUUGGAGUGACAUCUCUUUGUCUGACAUUGAAUCCAGCACCAGUGGUUCUGACAGCUCUCUCUCAGAUGGUCUUCCUGUUCACCUACUGAACAUAGCAGACGAGUUGAAUCAGAAGAAGAAGGCGCUUAAGAAGAAAAAAAAGAAGCCACUUCAGACUAGGAAACAGCGAAAUGAGCAGUAUCAGAAAAAUAAUUUGAUGCAGGAGUUAAAGUUAACAGAAGAAACCCCAGAAAGAGCAGGAUAUGCUUCUACUCUGCAAAAGCAGCCUACCUUUUUAAAAAAUUCAGAGAAUUCCCAUUCUUCAACAGUGAAAAAUGAAAAACCAAGGUUAAAUGAGACACAGUUAAUUGGAAGAGACAAAGCCACCUCCCUGGAUCCAUCAGUGACCACCCUGAUUCUGACUAAGAAUAAAGAGAAAAUGCAGAGUAAGAAGCUAGGCGUUACAGUAUCAGGCACUCCAAAAAGAAGCACAAACUCAAGCCAAGAGCCAGUUCCAGGUAUGAAGCCAAACUGGCCUACAAACAGAUAUCCUGUCACAAAAAGAGGCCGUGCUAACAUGGUGGCAUACCCAUCCUUGCACAUAUAUACGUACCCAUAGGUAUACCUGCACCAUGCCACACACGUGCUUCCUCAGGGUGUUUGGGGUUAGAUAUAUUUUGAAACAUGGGAAAGGUAUGAUUGGGAACCACAUUUAUUUGUGGUGUACUGUGUUGUGCAUUCAUCAUGCACUGAUCUUACACUACAAAGUACAAACUUGAACUGUAUGCAUGAGCUCAAGAUGCGUACCUCAUGAAUUUAACUAUUUUUUCAUAAAAUGGAAUUAUGAUGUAUAGAAAAGCUUCCUAUAUCAGAAACUGAAGUGUGUGCUCGUGGAAAUACAGCACAUAUGUCCUCAUUUUAACCAAUAGGUAGUCUCUCUAAAAUUAUGUGUGAAUCAAUUUUAAAAGAUCAAAUUCUAAUUUCAACAUAUUUUGGAAGGGUACUAUAUAAAAAAAAAAAGCCUUGUGUCAAAGCUUUCUAGUGAUGAAUGAUCAGACUGUUGUAUAUCAGGUUUGCUCAAAAUGAGGUAUUCCCACAUAGUGAUAAUUCAUGUAUUACCCAGAGUUUAAUGUUACAUGUAACCUCAACAAGGAUAUAUAAAUUUUUUAACCUGAUGAUUAAAAUUCUUUUUCUCUGGCAAA